AUGGCUCGCCUAAGCUACCUCCUCCUGGCCUCCGCCUCCGUCCUCCUCAACCACAUCGGCCCCGCCAGCGCCAUAUCCGCUGUCCUAGACCUAACCCCAGAUAGCUUCGAUUCCGUUGCCCUCAAAUCAGGCAAACCAGGUCUAGUCGAAUUCUUCGCUCCCUGGUGCGGUCACUGCAAAAACCUAGCCCCCAUCUACGAUGAGCUGGCCGACGCCUUCGCUUUCGCCAGCGACAAGGUACACAUCAGCAAAGUGGAUGCGGACGAGCAUAGGUCGCUAGGCAAGAAGUUUGGCGUUCAGGGCUUCCCAACGCUGAAGUGGUUUGAUGGGAAGAGCGACAAGCCCGAGGACUAUAAUGGUGGACGGGACUUGGAGAGUCUGACGAAGUUUGUGACGGAGAAGACGGGGAUUAAGCCAAAGGGUGUGCAGAAGCCUCCAAGCAAUGUACAGAUGUUGACGGAUGCGACGUUCUCCAAGGUCAUUGGAGGGGAGAAAGAUGUUUUUGUAGCGUUUACGGCUCCUUGGUGUGGACACUGCAAGACCCUAGCCCCAAUCUGGGAGAAGCUGGCCAACAACUUCAAGCUCGAACCCAACGUCGCAAUCGCCAAAGUAGACGCAGACGCCGAAAACUCCAAGAGAACCGCUGAAGCACAGGAUAUCAAGUCAUAUCCGACCAUCAAGUUCUUCCCCCGCGGCUCCAAGGCUCCAUUAAGCUACGAUGGCGGUCGUUCAGAGGAGGAUUUCGUUGCGUACGUGAACGAGAAGUCCGGAACCCACCGCGUUGUUGGCGGCGGCCUGGAUAAGGAUGCUGGCACAAUUAAGGCACUGGAUGCCAUCAUCGCCAAAUACGCUACUGGCAGCGUGAAGAGUGUUCAGAAGAUCCUACGCGAAGUUAAAGCUUUGAAGAACGUUGAGGGACCGUAUGUGGAUUACUACAGCAAGGUUCUGGUGAAGUUAUUUGAGAACAAGGAUUAUGUGACGAAGGAGUUGGCGAGGCUGGAGAGGGUGAUGAGCAAGGGAGGCCUGGCGCCGGAGAAGAUGGAUGAUUUGAUGUCGAGGAGUAAUAUUCUGCGGAGAUUUAUUGCGGAGAAGGACGAGGAGGAGCAAAAGGAGGAGAAAAAAGGGAAGGAUGAGCUGUGA